GUCGUUUUGGAGUAGGGAAUUAACCGCUCAGUUAAAACGCGGUGAUGUAAGUGGAUCUGCGGCUUCAUUGUCUUGCGCGGGUUAAAAUUGGGAGGUUUUUUGAAACGGCGUGCCGUGCAAGUUAUCUACGGGGGACAAAUAAAGAGCUAUUAAAAUAGGUGCCGAGAUUUAAUGAGAACAAUAAUCCGGGGAAGUAAGUUAUGUCUGGUAUCGCCUUAAGUCGACUUGCUCAGGAAAGAAAAGCCUGGCGAAAAGAUCAUCCCUUUGGGUUUGUGGCAGUGCCAACAAAAAACCCAGAUGGAACGAUGAAUCUCAUGAACUGGGAGUGUGCCAUUCCAGGGAAGAAAGGGACUCCAUGGGAAGGAGGCUUGUUUAAACUGCGCAUGCUCUUCAAGGAUGAUUACCCUUCAUCCCCUCCAAAGUGUAAAUUCGAGCCUCCUCUAUUCCAUCCUAACGUAUAUCCCUCUGGCACAGUGUGUCUAUCGAUUCUAGAAGAAGACAAAGACUGGAGGCCAGCAAUUACUAUUAAACAGAUCUUGUUAGGAAUUCAAGAACUUCUUAAUGAGCCAAAUAUCCAGGAUCCUGCUCAAGCAGAGGCGUAUACAAUUUACUGCCAAAACAGAGUAGAAUAUGAAAAGAGGGUUCGAGCACAAGCCAAAAAGUUCUCCCCACCAUAAGCAUCAAGUUCACCAACAAUGGAAGGGAUUGGUUUGGCAAGAUUAUUAUUACUCCCCCCCCCCCCCCCCCCCCC